AUGAGUUCUAGCCUCAUGGAGGAAAUGCCUUUGAGCCCGCCAAGUCCUCGAGGGGCACAGAGGUUCAGGAAGCCAUGGCUUUUAUGCAUGGUUCCUCUGCUGUUGCUGCUUUUCUAUACCACGGGUGCACUGAUCUUUACUUCACUCAAGGCAAUUGCCAAAGAGCCCUGUAUGGUUAAGUUCGAACUAUCAUCUUCAAAGUGGCAAAUGACAUCUCCUGAACCUCUUUGUGUCAAUAUGACAUCUGUCGGGAAGCUGGGGAUACUUCAGGAUGGCGAGUAUUUAAUCUAUGGACAAGUGACUCCUUUUGCUAAGAAAGACAUAAAAAACUCUGCUGAAUUUAUAGUAGAGAUAAUUAAAGAUGGAAAUGUCUUACAGUCUGCAACAAAUGACUUUCAAAUUCUAACUAUAGGAGGGAUUUAUGAACUGCAUGCCGGAGAUAGCAUAUACUUGAGGUUCAACUCUGAUGACCAUGUUCAGAAAGAUAAUACAUACUGGGGGGUUGUUUUAAUGCCAGAUCUCUCAUUCAGCUCCUAGAGAUUUAGUUUGGUCUCAUCACUUUUCUCAGUGUACCCAGAGAGGCUGUUCAGCGGAUUGGAGGGGGUUGCCUGUUUGAAUGCACACAGUUUGUAGCACCUUACAAAUCAACACAAACAUAACCUCUUGGCAUCAUAAGACUUUAACUCUCAUAUCUGUCUGAGGAAGAUUCAGUGAGUGGGCCAAAUCCCUGAUGUUAGAUCUGGAAAUAGAGUUUCAUAAUCCAUGAUAAAAUGAGUAUUUCAAAGCAUAUCUCUCUAACUCUUGAAUCUCUGGGUGCAAAAUGAGGUGCUAUUUCCAUGGGAAUCUUACUUGGUUUUCACAAAGGGUGUUUUGCAGCAGCCUGGUCUUCUUCUCAUCAUAAUUUCCUUGAGCUGAUUACCUUAAUCCCUUCAUACUCUCACCUUCUGAGAGCCUCCUAAUGAAAAGCUGUCAGAUUGGUGG